UUUAUUCACAAUGAGCCAUUCAAUGGAGUCUGCAAUUCAGAUUGAAAAGUGGACGAAGGAAGAAGUUCAUCAGUGGUUGACGACGCAGGUUAACAUUCACCAUAUAUAUGCAGACAAGUUGCUAGAAGAGGAGGUAUCAGGGGAAGACCUAGAAUACUUCCAAAAGAAGGAUCUUCUGGAUCUGAACAUAAAACAUGGUCCGGCUGUGAAAAUUGUGUCAAUGCUUGAGGAUUUGAAGAGUGGAUUACAGCAUAAAUCACAAUUUCCUGCAUACAUCAAGAAAUGGACACAAGAACAAGUUUGUCAGUGGUUAAGGGAAGAGGCGAAGGUAUACCACCAAUAUGUAGACCGUAUUUUGGAAGAGGAAGUGUCAGGCAAUUGCCUGUUUUGCUUCAAAAAGAAUGAUCUUGUGGAACUAGGCAUUAAACAUGGUCCUGCUGUUAAAAUAAUUGGCAUGCUGGAAAAGUUAAACAAUGGACCAGAGCCUAUAUUACAACCCCCCACACACAUCAACAGUGACCAAGAAAAUCUACAGAAAACACCUGAGAAGCAAGUAGAACUAUGUCAAACUCUACCGGUUCAGACUGUAUCCCCCAUGAAGAGCGAACCAAACAUAGAAGAGCUCAAAAUAGUGAAACCAUCAGGGAAAACAGUUACACAAAAGAAGGAAGAACCAAAACCACAGGCCAUGGUUGCAGAAAAGUUACCAUCCAAGAUCUCAAGCACGCCAAGUUCACUUACCAUGCUCCAGAAUACCCUUGACGACUUACAUCAGGACGAGUUUAAACGCUUUAAGUCUUCUCUGAAAGACCUAAAACUGAACGGAUAUAGACCGAUUGCACGGAGUCACUUGGAAGACAGCAAGACCCGCACAGAAGUAGCGGACUCGAUGACAAAGCACUAUGAGGAAGAGGCAUUAAAUGUCACUCUUCAGAUUCUAGGGAGAAUCGAACACAAUGAACUGGCUGCCCGUCUGAAAAGGGAUAUGGGUUCACAAAUGAUGACCGCACAGGACCCCAAAAAGGAUUUGAGGAGAGAGACCAAUCAGGGUGAUAAAUUGAAAAACGUAUUAACUUGUGGAGGAAAUAUGAUGGACUACUAUGAUCAAUUCGUUAUUGUUGUGAACAAGUGUCACAGUGAGCAAAUAGAACAUCUACAGUUUCUGAGCAAGUUGAAAUUGUUCUGUGUCCUGGACUUUGAUCCUGACUCUGCAGCUCCUGGUGGCGUAUGCAGUUCAUACAGAGAAUCAAGAGUGGCAAAUCUCCAUCUCCCAGCCCAAUUCCAAGGCGAACCAAAUGUUGUGAUAAAAAAUCUCAACCUGUAUAAGCAGACCAGCUGGGUGUUUUGUAAUGGGAGGCAUGACCUUGACAGGGAAUCGGAUAGACAGCUGGACUACAAAGACUGGUUCAGGGGAAAACGCAGAGAGAUUGAGCAUAUGGUUUCAUUCAUUUGCAAACCUGAAGUUCUUCCAAAUGGAAGAACUCUUGUCAUAUUUCUUCUACUGUCACCUGUAACCGAUAGAGAUCCUGUCUUUGAUACUUUCCUGGCAUUCUACUCACAUGCCGAGGAAAGCAUUGUGAGUAUUUGUGAAUCUAGGAGCACAUUUGAAAAAUGGAAAUACUUGAUACAGGAGAAAUGUGAGUCUGACAUCACCAGGCAAUCAAUAUAUGAGUUGACACUCAGUGAAGUCAAUGGUACUAUAAUGUCACUUGGACCACACAAUCAGCCAUCAGGAAGACUCCUUCCAUCUUCUGACUCCAGCACUGUUGUUCUCCAACAAAAGGAUGAAGACCAGAUGACAGCUCUAGACAUUUUGUGUCAGAAUGAAUGUGAGAAAGUCUAUGAUGAAAAUUGCACAGAGUUUAAAGACUUCAAAAUUAAAGUUGAAGAGGAAUUCUACAGAGGGGGUAAAGUCAACUGGUGGAACUUCUAUUUUUGUGAGAAACGCAAAGCAAAACCUUUCAUUAGAAGAGACAAAUAUGACAAUCUGAAAAAGAUGGUGAAAUAUCAAGAUCCCAAAACCACAUGUGUUUUGCUGAAUUUGUUCCACCACCCAGGUUGCGGAGGCACCACCUUAGCCAUGCAUGUGAUGUGGGAUUUACGCAGAGAGUUCAGAUGUGCUGUGUUGAAGGACAAUACAUUACCAAAAGCUGAAGUGGCUUUUCAAGUCAAAAACCUAAUGAGGCUCGGGAGCCAGAAAUCCACACCAGUUCUGCUGUUAGUAGAUGACUCAAAGGAAGCAGAGAACACACAAGCUCUUCAGAACUGCAUUCGCCAAACUUUUGAAGCGGAAAACACAAGCAGAACUGUAGAAGAUUCAUCAAACUCAAAAGUCAUUAUUGUGAGUUGUGUUCGUUGCCAUAACCCUGAGGACCAGUUCAAACACUGCUCAACAAACAGACUGCAGAUAACUGCUAAACUGACCAAAAAGGAACAAGAUGAUUUUGAUGAAAAACUGGUGGAACUUAAAGAAAGUCAUGAAAAACCUGAAAACUUCUACAGUUUUAUGAUCAUGAAGAGUAACUUUGACAAGAAGUACAUAGCUGAUGUUGUGAGCAACACUCUGAAGGACUUGGACAUGAGCACAAAGAAAGCUCAACUCCUUGCUUUCUUAGCACUGUUGAACUCAUAUGAUGCAGAAUCAGAAAUAUCUAUGUCUCUCUGUGAGGAAUUUUUGGGGAUGAAAAGUUUGCAAAUGGCUUACUGGGGUGAAGAUCGUGUACUUGACAGAAUGGAGCCGUACUCCAAUUUGCUAAAACAAUUUAAUGUUGAGGACCGUGGAAAAUACAAAGCAAUUCAAAUCCUUCAUCAUGAUAUAGCCUCUGCAUGUCUUGAAGAGUUGGACAGACGCUACAACAUUAAACGGAGUGAAAUAACCUUGGACAUGCUGCACUGUGAUAUAUUGUUCAAACCCUGUGUAGUAAAAGACACCCUCAUGCUAACAAUUCAACGCGUGCUAGUUGAAAGGCAGCGCAAAAAAGUUGGAGCGACUAAUUUUUCUCCAUUGAUAGAAAAGAUUCACAGUCAAGAGGGAGGACAAAACAUCCGAGACAUCUUUGUGAAAGCAUCUUCCCGGUUUGUUACAAGGGCAUCUAUUCCUCAAGCUCUUGCAAGGUAUCUCUACCUCUAUGAGCAAGAUUUUCCCCAAGCACUCAUUUGGGCAGUAAAGGCCAUGGGCGUCAAAGAAAACUCAUACACAGCUGAUACAGUUGGACAGGUUUACAAAAGUAAUCUUAAACAUAAUAUUCAGAGUGAAAAGCUAAAGACUCCACUCAAGCCAGAGGACUUUGAGACUAACCUAAAGAUAGCACAAAAAGCCUCAAAUGCCUUUCAAAUGGCUCAAAAGCUGGCCAUGAAGAAUGAAACGGAAGAGCAAACUGGUGAAAAUCUCACAAAAACACCCUACAACACCUCUGGUUAUGUGGGAGAGAUGGAAACUACACUGACAGUCUUUGAAAUGAUAAGCAACCUGCCGUUCUUUGAAGGUACUGAUAAAGUGAAAAGGAUGUACAUGCAGAACUUUCUGAAAGGAACAUUACCCAUCGAAUAUGUGCCCAAAGAAGAUAACGAAAUCAACAGUAAAUAUGUUGAUAUUAUCAAAAAACAUACACAAUUUCUCCUUGCUUUGAAACCUCAGGUCAAGGAAGUUUUUGAAUUCUUCAAUGGUUACUUCACAUACAUAAAAGGAAACAAUACAGGAGAGCUUGAAUCACUGAAUCAGAAGAAAAUCUCUGAUCAUUUCACCAGAUACAUAACACUGGUCUGCUCUUCCCCAGCGGAAAUAUUUAAAGAACGAGCGGACAAACCUGAACUCAGAUUAAGCGUGGAUAUUGAAGAGCAUAGGAUGUUUCUGGAGGAAAAGAAUGCAGACACCUUUGCAGGGAUACUUGCAAAGUUGCAUCAAAAGAUCGACAAGACUGCAGAGGAAGUGGAAAAAAUCACAGAAUGCUACACAUUCCUGCGCAAAAAUUCUGUGCAAAAUAGAAAAGUAGAAACCAAUUUCAUUUUGGUAAAUAUAAUUCUCCACACACUGAAGCCAAGAUCUAAACACGUGAAGAGACACAAUGAACUCAGUGAUAUUCUUAUGAAAACAUUGCAAGAUAUAGGAUUGCAACAUCCCUACCCAGAGCCAUACUAUCUGGCUUUGUUGUUGCUUUGGCCAGAUUCAAAUGCAGAAGACACCAAUAUAAGGCCAUAUGUGAACUCACUUGGGAAGUCAUCCCACAGGCAAAUGUCUUAUUUGUUGAGAAAGAGCAGCACCAUUGCUCACUUCUACUUGGGUCCAAAAAAAGGAUUACAAAGACUUGUAACUAAACCCAAACUUGAUGAGUGUUUUUCACGCCUACCACGUGCUGAUUUGGCCCAACUUUGGCGGAGUGGAAACAUUUUUAAGAAGAGGGAAAUCGUUGACCGUCUCUAUAGGGUCAAUGGAACCGUUGAGCAAUCAGAACUUUAUGCCAAUUAUGGCAAACUCAAAAUCCCAGUUCGGCCAGCCUAUCUGGGUGGAAUAAGCAGUGGUUUCAGCAUUGAAAAGGUGUCGUUCUUCUUAGGAUUUGCCAUAGAUGGACCACUUGCGUACGAUAUCAAGAAUGAAUAGGCUAUGAGAAGCCCAUGUUAAAAAGGCCUCAAUGAUUCAACUGUAUGUUGCGGUCCAAGAGUGUGGUCAAUGGGGGAAGUAUGGAUUAACCACAACCUGACAAUCAAAAAAACAAGACAACCAUCUACAAAACACAAAUCAAUGCCAGAAACCCACUGAAAGAAAACAAAUCAGUCAGAAGAAGAAGAAGAAGAAGUCCAAGCAUGCGGUGGAAAGCAGACCAGUGUCUACAGUCUACACACAGGCUGGAUAACAUCAGAGAGGUGACAUGCAGCGGCCGAGACCUCCAAAUGGUUAUCAGCCACAUCCGAAAGGCUGGCCUCAGAGAAUAGCGCAGCUACCCUACUCGCUACAGGGAUACCACACAGCGAGAGCUGGAUGGACUAGUGUUGUAUCAAGACAGGAUCGUCAUCCCAGCUUCACAGGAAGAAGAUGUUCUACAACCGAUACACAAAGGUCACAUGGGGCUGACAAAGUGCCAGAGAAAGGCCCAAGAUGUCUGUGUGGUUGCCGGGCAUCAGCACCCACAAAGCAAGAAAAGUGACAUCAUGCAAGUUCUGUACAGAGAAUAAACCAACUCAAAAGAGAGGGCCACUUGUCACGACACCUUUAUCUAAAAGGUCUGUGUCAGAAGAUCACGGUUGACCUGUGUGAGCAAGAGGGCAAGAAAUACCUUGAAGUGGUGGAAUACUUCUCCAGAGACAUAGACCUUCUACCAACUACCACAAGUGAGAUGGGGGAUUCCUACCAAACUCGUUAGCGGCAACGCUACCCAGUUUGUCUGUACUGAGUUAGACGAGUUCAGAAAGAAGUAUGGUUUCAUCCAUAAUACCACCUCCAGCCUCUAUUACCUGCAGGCAAACGACGCUGCAGAAAAAGCUGUCAAACAGCUAAACAAAUUCUCAAACAACCAGCUUUGAUGUGCUACCGAGCCACGCCUAUCAGUGCAACGGGAGCAAACCAGCGCAACUCAUGACAGGAGGGCAGAUCCGGAUGACCGGAUGCUGAAAAACUGAAAAUGCUGAAAAACUACAACCAAAGCACAUCAGCCACGAUAGUGUGAAACAUAAGGAUCAGAAAGUCAAACAAGCUUCUACAACAGGAGGUAUUCAGUGCGCCCCUUACCUGAACUAUACCCUUGACAGAGUGUAAAGGAACUAAUCUUUGGGGCGGCAGGUAACCUAGUGGUUAGAGCGUUGGGCCAGUAACCGAAAGGUUGCUAGAUCGAAUCCCUGAGCUGACAAGGUAAACAUCUGUUGUUCUGCCCCUGAACAAGGCAGUUAACCCACUGUUCCUAGGCCAUCAUUGUAAAUAAGAAUGUGUUCUUAACUGACUUGUUAAAUAAAGGUUAAAUAAAAUAAGAGUCAAGCUGGACAGAGAGAAGGGAUGGAAAACACUAGCAGUGGUCAUCAGCAAAUCUCCAGAGUUGAGAUCCUACGUUGUUGAAACUUAACACGGCAACGUCGCUCAUCGAAACAGGCGACACCUUCAGGCUGUACCAAAGUCACCCAGUCUACCAGUGAGAACAUUGCACAGGCCCUGUCUGUGAGCCAGACCACCAACAAGCCAGCCUCACCACAACCGGUGAGAAUGACCUCCUGAGGUUUAGAGACACUUGAGAAAACAACAACAUUGAGACAAAAUACUCUUUAAAUUCCGAAAGUACUUACUUUCUGAAAAAAAUAUUAAAAAAAAAAGAGACAGCAGCUGUUGCAGGGCAGAAUAGUCCCUAUGUUGCUGCGGACAAACGGCUGUCUACCGCAGUGUCCUAGUUGACACAGUUAUGGGAAUUGUUCAUGUGAAGAGCAAAAAAAAGGGGAAAAAUACAUGCUACUCUGAAAUACUAAUUGUUUGUACUGAAACAGUCCACGAUCGUGAGUAUUUGUACUAGGAAAGGAGAAUGUUAUUGACUUUUGAUAUACAGUGCCUUGCGAAAGUAUUCGGCCCCCUUGAACUUUGUGAACUUUUGCCACAUUUCAGGCUUCAAACAUAAAGAUAU